CCGCGAGCCCUCUGGAGCCGGGAGCGUGACAGGAGCCCCAUGCGCACGGGCUGAGGCAGCGCCCCCUCCCCGGGCCCCGGCCCUGGCUGCGGGGUGUAUGGCCCCCUCGUCCCUGACCAUGAAUCCUGGUGGCCAGAGGGGACCCGGCCCAGUGGCCGAGAGUAGCCGAAGCGGCGGCCCCGGGACGGAGGAAGCGGGCCCUGGGGCCGAGCCCUCGCCGUCGCUCUCGCCGUCACCGCGGGGCUCUGGGCAGCGUCCAGGCCCCGGCCCGCUGCCCUUCAGCGUGGAGUCGCUGCUAGUGCUGGAGCGCAGACCCGCCCGGGUAGCCCGGGCCCCCGAGGUGCGCGCCGGCCCCGGUCACAGUCACAGCCACAGCCACAGCCACAGCCCGGGCCAGACCAGGGGCGGCCGCUACGCGCCCGACGCAGGACAGGAGGCGGCGGCAGCUGGGGCUGCUGCGGAGCCCCGCGUGGAGGCAGCGGCUGCAGCUGCUGGGGAGAGCCCCCGGGGGGACGCGGAUCCCGGCGCCUGGUUCCCCUCCGCUACCUACUCGUCUCCUCCUCGGCCCCCCAGUCCUCCACCGUGCACCCUCCGCAAACACAAGAACAAUCGAAAGCCUCGGACACCCUUCACAACGGCACAACUUCUGGCCUUGGAACGGAAGUUCCGGCAGAAACAGUACCUGUCCAUUGCCGAGCGAGCAGAGUUCUCCAGUUCUCUGAGCCUCACGGAGACACAGGUCAAGAUUUGGUUUCAGAAUCGAAGGGCUAAAGCCAAGAGGCUGCAGGAAGCUGAGUUAGAGAAACUGAAGCUAGCGGCCAAGCCCCUCUUGCCUUCCUUUGCGCUGCCCUUCCCAUUGGGGGCUCACCUGCAGGGUUCACCUACUCUGUAUGGGGCCUCAGGCACCUUUCCCCGGGGCACCCUGCAGCCAGUACCGGGGCUUUUCACAACCCCAGUCACCUAUGGGAUGUACUAUCUGUCCUAGGGGGCACUAGUCGGCGUAUAUAAACCCAAAGACUUGGCCAGCCUGAAGUCCUUCAGACAAGCCCUCGGCCUAAACCUGAGAUCGGGAUGCCCAGGAAGGGGCAGAAAUGUGGCCAAGCUUGCUUGAUCUGUGACUGGGAGAAAUAACCCCGUAGAGGGUUUUUUUAAGUUCUGUGUAUGAAUUGCUUGAGAUUGAAACCACGGCUGGUAUCAGUCUACUGAAUAGAAUUCUGUCUUGAUAUGUGUGGCAUUCUCUCCAGAGAUUGGGGAAAGGGGUGAGGGAAAGCUCUAGAGCCAAGGUUCUAGGUUUCCAGAAAAAGAGUCCUACCCUGCACUUACUCAGAGGAGUUUCUGGAGAUGCCCUUGGGUUUGUUCUUAUGCCAGCCUCUGAAGUGAUCUAAGGUACAAAUUGGUUAGUAAUCUGGAGCUAACACAGUCAAAGCCAGGCAGUUAAGGGCCUCUUCCUGAUGAAUAUAAAGGAAGGCAGACCCCUAGCAGCAGCCUAUGGAAGUCAUCAUAGGUUUGCUCUUCAAUGGAAAUCUGUGAAAGUGAAAUGUCUUAGGACCGUAAAUUCAGAUCUCUGCCAGUCUCCACAGAGCAGUGCCCAGAGCAGCAGGCUUUUGUAACUUUCAAGCCUUUCGAGUUUCUUUUUUCUUAUUUGAUUAAUACGAGUUGUAUUUGAGGCCAGAAAUCUGCUUGGCAGUGCCUCUUACAGAUAUUUAAAAGAUGUAUUUUUAAAAGUCGUGUGCAUAUCAGAAUUAAGGAAACUGUUUACGGAAAGACAGUGUACAUAGUUUUUGUACAGUGGCCUCGGAUGGACUGGAAUAAAAUUUCCUAUUUUGUACAAAGCAGUCAAUAAAAUAUUCUAAGUUGAAUCCA